CUUCUGCGCAUGCGCACAAGGGGGUCAGGUUUGUUUAGCAUCACCAAAUGCUUUGUUUUUCUGCUCGGAUAGAAUGGAGUUGACGAGCUAACACCGACACCAGCGACGCAAAUCGUUUCUCAGGUACAAGCUGACUUAUGCUGCUGAAGUCAAUUUAGAUAGCAGCUAGAGGAAGACAGAGAAGACAAACUCAUGGGGAAUACAAGCAGCGAGAGGGCUGCCGUGGGCCAGGGGGAGAAGGUCCAGAGGAGGGACAGCCGGGGUACCAAGGAGGGAGAGAGGCCAAAAAUCCUGAUGGAUAGCCCAGAGGAUGCAGAUAUUUUUCAUGGAGAAGACAUGAAGGCUCCCUUAGAGAAAGAAGAGUUCCUUGCAUGGCAGCAAGAUUUAGAAGCAGAAGAUAAAGGGCCGACUUUAGACCGACCAACAGUUUUUCGCUGGACUGGCGAUGGAAAAGAGGUGUACCUCUCUGGAUCUUUCAACAACUGGGCCAAUAAGAUUCCCCUUAUUAGAAGUCAGAACACCUUUGUGGCAAUUGUUGACUUGCCGGAAGGGGAGCAUCAGUACAAAUUUUAUGUGGAUGGCCAGUGGACCCACGACCCAGCUGAGCCUGUUAUAACCAGCCAGCUAGGCACAGUCAACAAUAUCAUCCAGGUGAAGAAAACUGACUUUGAGGUGUUUGACGCACUGAUGGUGGACUCGCAGAAAUGCUCAGACAUGUCAGACCUGUCCAGCUCUCCUCCCGGGCCAUAUCAUCAGGACGCUUAUGUACCCAAACAGGAGGAGAAGUUUAAGUCUCCACCCAUACUCCCACCACACCUCCUACAGGUCAUCCUCAACAAAGACACCGGGAUUUCUUGUGAUCCUGCAUUACUCCCAGAACCCAACCAUGUCAUGCUCAACCAUCUCUAUGCUCUUUCCAUUAAGGAUGGAGUGAUGGUGCUCAGCGCGACACACCGCUACAAGAAGAAGUAUGUCACCACUUUGCUAUAUAAGCCCAUCUGAUUGAAGACUGUCCAGUGUGUUUACUGUACACUGAGUGUUCAAAAUAUGAGCUCCAUCUGUUAGGUUUUUUUUUUGAGAGAGAGACGGAGAUCAGGUGGGAUCAAUCUCUCGGGUUUCAUCCGUUAAAUCCAUCCUGACUUCAAGAAGCAGCUCUGAACAAGGUGGCGAAAUAAUUGCUUGCAGAAUUAAGUUUGUAAAACUUGAAAUUAAUUGUUUGCAAAAUUCAAGAUUGGUUUUUACUAUAUACUUUACACAGAGUGUAAGGAAAAUGUGAAAUAGAAAUUAAGUGAUAAAAUGAGCUUGAACAGAUUAAUCAUUUCUAAGGAUGCUUGUAUACAUCUGAGGUUAUUUAAGUGAUGACAUUCCUUUAACUAUUCUGAACCUUGAAUACACAGAGCCUAGAAAGUACAACUUUAGAGACUUCUAUUCUUUCCCAAAACUUUUAAAAAGCCCUCAGCCACUUGCAUGAUAAUCUUAUAUCAACCUAAAGUUUAUAAAAGGUUAACAGCUCUUAGACUAUAUCUUGUACACUCUUUGUAUAUCCAGUAAUUGCACAUUUAGGAUGGUAAAUGUCACAGUCACUCCAGUCCUGCAUAAUCUGCCUUUAUAUGUUCACUGACUGCCCUCAGUUUUCAACAACACUACCUUUGCUGAGUAGAAUACAAAGACAAUAAUAACGGGGUAGAACACUGACAUGUCUGUGAACAAAACAGACAAAUGUACGGAAAGGACUGGUAAUGCUAGGAAAAGAAAGAUCUCAGAAAACUAAAAACUGCUGUCGCCUUUCCCAUUGUUCGUAAGGCAACAGUAGUUCAAUCAAGAAUGUGAAUGUUGAAGUCAAAGAAGGAAACAAUGCACUGUAGUAGCUUCCACUGUUUUUUCAUUUUGCCGUUAAUGUUAAAACUGAUGAAAUUUAUUUAGCGGCGAUCACACAGCGCACAGUAGAUGUCUUCUAUGAAGUAUUUAGUAACAUAUAUAAAUUAUAUCUUUUUCUACAUUAGUUGAUGAUGAUGUUUGUUUUGUCGUCUUUAUGAAGUUAGUUGCAGUGUUGUGGCAAGAACAUGCUAGUCAAGACAAGAGCAAAAGUGUGUCUUAGCAGAUAGUUUGUUUUUUUUUAAUGUAGGGUAUGUACACUUGCAGUCCGACAUUGUAUCAGAAGAAUAAUGAUUACCUUUUUGAAGAUUUAGGCAGGUUUACAUUAACAUUUUCUCUUCAUUUAUACUUGCCUUGGAACCUCCCGAUUUAGAAUGCCCAUGUCUUAUUUGCCUUGGCAGAUGCAUUUGCCAAACUUUCUUGUUCAAACAGAUUGCCACCUGUCGUUGCCCACGCCAGUGCAAUCAUACAGGUUUGAUACAAUCACCCUUUAGAGGAGUGCUGUUGAUGCAGCCACUAAAGUGAAAUGUGCUCUUGAAUUUGCUAUUCUCAGUUUUAAAAUAACUGGACGGUAUAUUUUCUCUACUGGAAGAAAAACAACUGCACUUGAAGCCCGGUUACAUUUCGGUGGCACGAACAUUUCAUUGCUCCAAUUGGUUGUAAGGCUAUCAAAUUGUGUCCAGAGACAUUUUAACACUCCAUUUAAAUCAAAACUGAGGAAGGUUCAAGAAUAAUACGCAUUUGUCUGUUCAAAAUAAUGCAUUAAAUUAAGAAUUACUCCUGAGGACUGUACUACGAAGCAAGAAUAGUGGGUUAGCGAGGUAUGUAGAACUUAAAGCCGGAGUUUUCAGCGUCACGAAGGUGGCUCUCUUUUAACCUAGCAAGAUCACCAUGGUAACUGACACUGUGGAGCUAAGAGAUGAUUAUCUAUGAGUUCAAAAAAAAAAAGAUUCUCAGCUGAGAGAAUGCACACCUGUUGAGCUGUAUGUUACUAGUACUGCUGAACGAAACUAUGGAGUUACAGUAUCACACACUGCUGUCGUGGGAACCUAGAUGCAUUCAGUUGGUGAUGCAGAAAAUACGUAAUCUUUUUAUAAUUGGUCCUUAUUUUCUUCCAAGAUAUUUAACAGUGUUGGUAGUGCAGAUAGUAGAACACAGAUUAGAAAAAUGGUUAUUGUGUUUGUAUUUAUUACAGAAAAUACUCACUCAAUAACAUUAAUUUCACUGAUUUGGCGUAAAGCUCAAAUAAUAUCCUGCAUUAUGGGACAGUGUCAGACCUAAAUGUACUUCUAUAAAACAUCAUGGUAAAAUGUUUGAAGGUUAACACCUCCUAAAGCUGUCACUUGAGAAAUAUGCAGCUGCACUGGUUGGUUACAUUUCUAGUGGUUCUCCUAGUUACAACCUGUUGACUAAAGUAGGCAGCACAUUGGUCCAUUUUAACAGAAAGAAGGGUCUCACGACAAGUUAAAUGCCACAGAAUCUGAAGUAGAAAGUCUGAAAUUUACAAAUCAGAUUAAUAGCCACUGUUGUGAUACCCAAAGAAAGCCUGGCUAUGUUGAACUUGCUCCACAGUACAGCCCUCUGAUAGUUGAUCAUUGCUAAUUUUGUUAUUAUUUGUUUGUACUAUUGAACAUUGCCAAUUUUCAGUAACACAACCACUUCAGAUCAUGUUGAUUUAAACAUACUUGAAGGUGAAAUGAUGAAGAAACAGCGCUUAGGAGGGGGUCAUCCUAUGAUUGUAUGAUAGACGAACACUGUUUCUGAGGAUUUAGUUUGUCAUAGUAUAUUUAUCUGCAUUGUUUAAGGACUUCAUGAAGUCUAAAGGACUGGAAUGUGUUUUAAGUUAAAUGUACAACUUCAGCCAACAUCAAUGCAUCCUUGCUAAAUUAUGGUAUCCACAGUGGGUAUGAUUGCCACAAACAAAUGAGACCAUGAUGUUAAUUAUUUUAAUUCUACAUAAUGAUGUAGGCCAGUAGAGGCUGAGUCCUCAUUUGUUUGUGUUAACUUUGCAGUUGCCUAAGAGCUAACAUGGUAACUACUUAUUGUUAGGAUGCUAGACAUUCAAAUCAAUUGCAUUAUCUGUAAGCAUGUUGUUGACCCUUUGAACCACGUUUUCCAUUUUGAGACAUAUUUGUAUUUAAAGUUAAGGUACAAGUUAAUAUGUAUUUUUUUCCUUCAUGUAUUGCUUUAUUGUGUCCAUAAACUGUCAUCAUACACAAUCUACAUACGUUACUUCACCGUCACCUGAAGACCUAUAAUCUCGGACAGAAAAUUAGUCAGUUUUGCUUAUUUUGCCAUAUUUUGCUGUUUUAAAUUUAAAAUUCCACUGCUGAAUCUGAUUGACAGCACUCCAGAGUGAUGCCGAUACGUCUGCAUGGACAUUGAAUUUCAAAGCAGCUUUUUCUCAGUGAAUUUGUAAUUGUGAUAAUGUUUUACACACUUUAAAACACAUCUCUAGCAUCCUUUACAUAUAAGGAUUUAUGCAUUUUUUUAAAUCUAUCUUUCUUUUUUGUAUUUAUUAAGCCAUAUGAGCCAAAAUAAAAACAACAUGCUGGAAAAGUC